AUGUCACGACACGUUGAUGAUAUAAAAAAUAUGCUUUUUGAUGAACCUAAUUUUGAUAGUGAUGAUGAUAAUGACAAUGAAAUUAAAAAUAAAACAGUUCGACGAAAACAAAGAAAAAAAUUACAAAAACAAUUAGAAAAAAAAAAGAAACCAACAGUUGAAACAAUUGUUUUUCGAGAUCCUACCAAGAAAAAAAAAACAUUAAAUAAAUCUGAUACAUUAUCUUCAAUCUCUCAACAAAAGGAAAAUGUUGAAUUCGAUCUUGAAAAAGCUCGUUUUGAUGUACAUAAAUUUGGUAUUAAAGGUUUUGAAAAAAGUAAAUAUGAAGAUGCUCGUGUUGCAUUAGCUGUUAGUUUAGGAGCCAAGCCACCAAAACGAAAAUUUAUAAAUUAUCGUGAAUUAAUUGAACAAAAUCGAGCAAAAAAAGUCCAAGAAAAAGAAGAAGAAGAAAAUGCUCGUUUACUUGGUGAUAUAUUUCAUAAAAGUCCAAAUAAUAAACAAAAAUCAUAUCAACAAUCAAAACAAAAACGUAUUGGUGAAGGAGAUGUUGGUUCAAUGCGUUUUUCAUCUGUUGGAAAAUUUCAAGGAGGUGUUUUAAAAUUAUCUGACCGAGAUAUUUCAAAAUUAUUAAAACAACAGUCAUAUCGUCUAUAUUCAAGUCAAGUUAUUUCAUCAGCUCUUAAGUCAAAUCCGUCAAAUAUAAUCUAUAGUUCUCAAAAAAUAGCUGAUCUUAUACAAAAACAAUCUGAUUGUUUACAAAUAUUUGAUGAUUAUUUAACUGAUAAUGAAAAUAAUAAUUUUUUAAAAGAAAUCGAUGGAUAUAUGAAACGUAAACGUUAUGAAUAUUCACAUUGGGAUAACGCUAUUCAUGGUUAUCGUGAAUCUGAAAGAUCUGAAUGGACACUUGAAAAUCAACAAGUUUUAUCUCGUAUUCGUCAACUUGCAUUUGAUGAUCCAACACAAACACUUAUACAUGUUCAUGUACUUGAUAUAGCUAAAGAUGGAUAUAUUAAACCACAUAUUGAUGCUAUUCGAUAUUGUGGAACAACAAUUGCUGGUCUAUCAUUACUUUCAUCAUGUGUAAUGAGAUUUGUUCAUAAAGAUGAUAAAACACUAUUCAUUGAUGUUUUACUCAAACCAAAAUCACUUUAUAUUAUAAAAAACAUUAUUCGAUUUGAUUUUACACAUGAAGUUCUCAAAGAUCAAGAAUCUUAUUUUAAUAAUAUCCAUAUACCACGAAAUCGUCGUCUAUCCAUUAUUUGUAGAAAUAUGCCAGUUGAUCCAUCUGCUGGCUAA